ACACACAUAUAUAUCCUCUAGGCCAUGCCCUCCCUCAACGUCGAAGACCACUCCCUCGAGUAGUUCACAUCCCUUGCCCUGACAUGGAAACCAGGUUCUCAAUUAAUGCUCGCCGCCCGGAAUAUUUUCCUACCGGCGGAACCCAUUUGCCGGAGAGCCCAAGAGUGCCAAUGGAGUUUCUGUCGAGGUCAUGGAGUGCCUCCGCUUUUGAGGUCUCCAAGGCUCUGGCUCCUCCGCCACCUCCUCCUCCUUCUAGCAACGUGGCUUCCAAGUCUGCGAAUGGGUCAUCUUAUGGUGCUAGCUCUAUUCCUGAAGAUGCCGCCGGUGAGUCUGAGGAGUUGUCAAUCAUACCUCGGAACCAGUUCUCAUUCGCCUCUUCUGCUACUUCACAGCUUGUGCUGGAGCGCAUUAUGUCACAGUCCGUGAGAGAGGAAGUGUCGCCAUUAACGUCAGGGAGACUCUCUCACAGCAGCGAACCUAUGAACGGUGGUGGUUCGUUAACCGGAACGGAUAGCCCACCAAUUUCUCCGUCUGAUGAAUUUGACGACGUCGUUAAGUUUUUCCGGUCCAACAAUUCCAUACACCCAUUGUUCAAUGGCGGGCGAGGCAGCGGCGCGAUAGGGAACGGGACGCCCAGUGGAGGACCCAAAACAGUUGGGAGAUGGUUGAAAGAGCGAAGAGAGAAGAAAAAAGAAGAGAGCAGAAGCCACAAUGCUCAGCUACACGCCACGGUUUCGGUGGCAGCAGUGGCGUCCGCCGUGGCAGCCAUAGCAGCGGCAACGGCAGCUUCAUCUGCACCGCACAAAGAUGAGAGGAUGGCCAAAACAGACAUGGCGGUGGCAUCCGCAGCAACAUUAGUUGCAGCACAAUGCGUAGAGGCUGCUGAAGCAAUGGGAGCCGAGAGAGACCACCUUGCUUCGGUGGUCAGCUCCGCCGUGAAUAUUCGCUCUCACGAUGAUAUUACCACUCUUACCGCCGCCGCUGCUACGGCUUUAAGAGGGGCAGCGACGUUGAAAGCAAGAGCAUUGAAGGAAGUGUGGAAUAUUGCGGCGGUGACACCAUUGGAAAGAGGCGUAGGACUCGGGAUAUGUGGAAAAGGCGGCAACAACACCAAUAACAGUAACACUAGCACCAGUGACAGUGGAGAAAUUGUUAACGUGGACAAUUUUCUGGGUGUCUGCAGCCAAGAACUUCUCGCCAGAGGCACCGAACUCCUCAAACGCACCCGUAAAGGUGAUCUUCACUGGAAAAUAGUUUCUGUUUACAUACAUCGAACGGGGCAGGUGAUGCUGAAAAUGAAGAGCAAACAUGUUGCAGGGACCAUUACUAAAAAGAAGAAGAAUGUAGUGCUGGAUGUGUGCACGGAUGUACCGGCAUGGCCAGGAAGGCAUUUGUUUGAUGGGGGAGAACAACGAAGGUACUUUGGGUUGAAGACAGAAUGCAGGGGAAUCGUGGAGUUCGAGUGCAAGAAUCAGAGGGAGUAUGACAUCUGGACUCAAGGAGUUUCAAGGCUUCUAUCUAUUGUCGCGGAGAGCAAAAACAGCAGAGGAAAUUGAGCUCUAUUCCAGGAAACCACGGAGCUAGUCUCACGUUGCAUAUUUUUAUAAUCUGAAACAUUCCUGGAUGCUUAAGAGCACAAUUUGUAGAAAAGUAGGAAUGAUUUGUUGGCGACAAGGAACGUCUCAAUUCCCCGAAAGCCUUAGAAUUAUGUUUAAUGAAGUGGUACCAUGCCUAAUCUCA